AUGUCUUUUUCACAAAAGAUAAAGAAUUUUGAAAUCGAAAAAAACGAAUUUUUGAGAGAAUUUUCAAAUCAAUAUGGAUAUAAUGGUAAAAUUGAUAUAAUUCGCGAAAAUGAAUAUCCUCAUUUAAAAGGUUCAACCAUUUAUCCAAAAAGUGUAUUCACUUCUUUCACUAAAGAUCUUACUAAUAAUUUAUAUGGAAAUCCUCAUUCUCGAAAUCCAUCUGCACAGAAUACUUCAAAACGAGUAGAUCAAGUUAGAGCUAGAAUUCUUAAACAUUUUAAUGCUAAACCUGAAGAAUAUCAAGUAAUAUUUACACAAAAUGCAACAGCAGCAAUUAAAUUAGUUGGUGAAAUAUUUCCUUGGAGUAUUGGAAAAAGUAAUUUUAAAUAUUUAAGAGAAUCACAUAAUAGUUUAAUAGGAUUAAGAAAUUUUGCAAAAGAAUCUAAUUCUCCAAAUAUUCAAGUUGUAACUGAAGAUGAUUUAAAUAUUCUAUUUACACAAUGUAACUUUUCUGGUCAAAGAUUUCCUCUUUCUUGGAUAUCUCAAAUCAAAAAAUUUAAUACAGAAAAAUCGAAAUUCUUGGUCUUGUUAGAUUCAGCAGCUUAUUCAUCAACUUCAUUAUUAUCUUUAAUUGAUAAAGAUAAUUCACCUGAUUUUGUUGUAUUAAGUUUUUAUAAGAUGUUUGGAUUUCCUACAGGAUUAGGUGCAUUAAUAAUAAAAUCGGAAUUAAAUUCAAUAUUAAAAAAACGAUAUUUUGGAGGUGGAACAAUAAAUGCUAUUUCAUAUGAUAAACCUUGGCAAGAAUUUAAAAAGGAUUUAAGUGAACGUUAUGAAGAUGGUACAUUAAAUUUUUUGGAUAUUAUAGCACUUGAUCAUUCAUUUAAUUUUAUGAAAGAAAUUUAUAUGGAUUAUAAAUUUAUAACGAAACAUGUAACAUCUUUAAUUAAAUUUCUUUAUAUUAAAAUGAAAUCAUAUCAACAUUGGAAUGGUAAAAGUGUUUGUAUAAUUCAUUCCAAUAAUGAUUUUUCAAAUAAUAAAAUUCAAGGUCCAAUAUUUAAUUUUAAUGCAAGACGCUCAGAUGGAUCUUGGAUAGGAUUUAUUGAAUUAGAAAAAUUAGCUAGUGUUAAUGGAAUUCAUAUAGGUGCUGGAACACAUUGUAAUCCUGGAUGUAUGGCAAAAUGGGUAAAUUUAUCAAGUGACGAAAUUAUUAAAAAUUUUAAGAAUGGUAAACUUUGUGGAGAUGAUAAUGAUAUAUUUGAUAGCAAACCUACUGGAACAAUUCGUAUCUCUUUAGGAGCUAUGACAACUAUUGAAGAUAUCCUUAUAUGGUUAGAUUUCUUUAAAACUUAUUUUGUGGAAACAAAUAAAGUGGCAAAUAUUAUGGAAACAAAUAAUGUGGCAAAUAACAUUAGAACAACUGAAAUUAUUAAUAAUAAUUCCCAUAUAACAUUAAAGAGGUUAAUAUUGUAUCCUAUCAAAUCAUGUCAUGGAUUUACUAUACCAUCAUCAAUAUCUUGGCCAAUAAUAAAUCAAGGUUUAUUACAUGACAGAGAAUGGAUGUUAAUAAGCAUUGAGACUGGAAGGGCAUUAAGUCAAAAAUUGUAA